UGUAACUAUUUAUUUUAUCUCACCACAAUAACCAACAAUGAAUCAUCCUCCUUUUAUCCUAUUCUGACCUAUUCCGUUGUGCACAUUAGUGCCUGUGAACCUUGUGGAGACGAGAGCACCCCGUUCGUACUAGAAGAUCACGAUCACUCACCUCUCAUUCGCUAUCGGACGUUUGCACCGAGUGGAUCGUACUUUUUAGCCGCAGCACAAUUCGCGAACAAAGUCAAACCGGUUCCAAACAACCAGCUAAAUUCUCUCACGAUGAAUCGAAAAUUGUUUUUGUUUCUACUGAUCGCGAUCGUUGCCUCGGUAACCGGUAGGCCUCAAAAUUCCGAAUCGACCGUGGCAGUAACGACGAGCACAACAUCAGCCACGGUCACAACCAGUUCCGGUGGCAGUUCGACGGCAGCAACCCCAGCACAGGAGAGUAAAGUGUCCAAAUUUUUCGAUGACGUUUCUUCGGUAUUCAAACAAGGCACGGCCAGGGUCAAAGAAAGUUUCGAGAGUGCGGCCUCGUCGGUCAAGGAUGGUGUCAUGCGUGGUUACGAUUACGUCAAAGACAAACUAACCGGUUCCGGAGAUACAACGACCACUCCAAACAAUGGUAGCAGUGUGGUUCCACCAACAACAAAAACAACAACAACGGAAGAGGUGGCGCAUGCAAAAGUAUCGGAAAUUUCGGAAACCUUUUCCGCUCGAUCCGCUGGAGCUACAGUUAAUUCGGUUGCCAAAGCAGUUAACGUCGAACCAAAUGACGAAGAAGUCAACGAUGAAAAUGAAGAUCGAUUAAUAUUUAUCGGCGACGAGGAAACUGGAACGGAUCCGCCACCGACAACGACCGAAAGUAAAGCAGGCCUGGAUGAUCGAUUCAUCAUCGACGGACCGAAGGCGUGCAAAAUUGGCCAGUCGGAGGUUAACGGAAAGUGUCGAAACACAUUCUAAUUGAGUGGAAUAAAUCAUCACAGUGCCGUCUACAAAUCAAGUGUGAUUUUACAAUUUAAUUCUAUUACCGAGUAAUUCGUCGUGUCUAAGUGUUUGUGUAACUUGUGGAAUCGAGUCAAAUAAAUUAAGUUUAUUCUUUCCAUUCAA